UCUUCAACAACUGCAGCCACCUCGGUAGUUAGCUGGACAACAAAGUCGGAACAUUCAAGUUCUUUAGACAAUUUCGUGGUUUAUUUGCCACUAUGAUUUAAACAUACUUAUGUGGAAACAACUAGCUACCCCAUUUAGUUUAAUAUUUAAAUUGUAAGUCAACUUGCUGGCUGGUUAAGUUAGCACUAGUCUAGUCGCUAAUGCUAACUAGCCAACAAUCUUCCGACCAUGAGCUCACUAAACUACUCUCCUGCUGAAGAAGAGGUCUGCUGGACGGAGAAAGAAGCUCUCGUGAAAGAGGAGGGAGAAGAGGCUGUUACAAUACAAAAACAAGUAGAGGGUGAGGCUGUUACCGUGAAAGAAGAAGAGAAAAACGCCUUCAGAGUGAAAGAGGAGGAAGAUGUUACUGUGAAAGAAGAGGAGGAAGAUGUUACUGUGAAAGAAGAGGAAUCUUCGGUUUUUGGAGUGGAGGAUGAAGUGAAAGAAGAUGAAGAGGUUUUUGGAAUGAAGGAUGAAGAGGGGGAGAUUACUGUCACAUUAGAGGACGAAGAAGAGAGGACUGGAGAUCUGAUUAACACCAGUAAAUACAGAGAAAGACAGAACUACUGUGUAUCCUCUGGGGAGCCUCAACAACAUCAUGAUGCUGACAGGGCAGAGAAGAGUCUCUCCACAUCAGAACACCUCAAGAAACACCUGCGCAGAUCCACAAGGAACAGAUCUCACUGCUGUUCUGAUUGUGGGAAAUGUUUAAAAUCUUCAUCAGAACUUAAAAUACACCUGAGAAAUCACACGGGAGAGAAACCUUACUGCUGCUCUUACUGUGGGAAGAGUUUUACUCUGUCAACCUGCCUGAUAUCACACCAGAGAACACACACAAGAGGAAAACCUUAUAGCUGUGAUCAAUGUGGGAAGAGUUUUCCUCAGGACAGAACAUGGACACAAUGCAAUUGGGAUCAAGAAGAAGAUCUUCUCAUAAAUUAAUCAAGUCCAUGGAAUGGAUAUAGACAAAAAUAUAAUUCAAGGACUAGCAGAGGUAGAGAGGCGAGGCAGGGGUGAGGACAUCAUCCUGCUAUUUUGACAGUCCCUGAAGGACAAAACAGAAGAGGACUGGAGACCACAGCAGCGAUCCUGCUCUUGCCCUACCUCUUCAAUGAGGACCCGAGUGGCCUUUACGUCCGUGACAAGGUAUGCCUAUGCCCCAAUCAUCUGUUUCUUCAUAAACAGAGGUGUGCACGCUUAUAUAAAACUACAGCUGUACAUUUGUUAUGUUCUUUGUUAAUUGUAUGUGUAUUAAUCUUUUCUUACUUUUGUUGACACUGAUUUCACCGCUCUUCACUCCUUCACUGCACAUCGGCGGAAAUCCAUUUCACCAUGAGAGUCAAAUCCCGCUGGCCUUUGAUGGGGAGAAAAUCCACGCCCUCGAGGACGUCCCCAUGGGACUUGGGCCUCUGCUAGAGCUGAUUUUUUAAUUCCCCUUAAAUUUCACAAAAAUUUCAGAGAAUCACUUAUGUUGUUAAGUUACUGUGUUCGCCUUGCCAGGCAGUUUUAUUUAAAAUGGAGUACCCGGACGGGGAAUGUCCAAUAAGCGUUUUAUAGUUUCAUCCUUAGGGUAAUUUACCCUAAAGUGGACACACUCCCAUCAGUUUCUGAGACAACUGCCCAGACUUUGUAGACUGUUUAAUAAUGCUUAAACCUCAUCUUAAUCAAAUUGUCCAUUAAAAGAUACCAACUCAAAACCUACAUUAAUCUACGUAUGGGUUGUUUAAAUUGUAUCUAAUUAUAUUCCCAGUAUUACUUUAUCAAAUCUCUAGUAAUCAUUGUACACACGUACAAUUCAUCAUAUUUUCAUCUAUUCACAAAAUCCAUAAGAAAUUCUUAGGUACACACGGCAACCAAUCUAUAUGUUUUUUCAAGGACUCCCCACAGCUCCGAAGCAGCUCUCCAAACAUACUCCCAGCAGAACCAAAAAUAAACAUUUGUUUCCCAGACAAUGACCGGAUCGUCAACGGUUCUCUAACCUCCCAGAGACCACGGCAAAAAUCAAGCCUCCCAGGAACUAUAGACCUUCCGCUGCUUUCUAAAAUAUCAUCCCGCUCUCAAAACCACCCCGCGAUAUUCUGAUGUUACUAUCCAAACUUCAGAUUAACACUCAGUCACACAACUCUCAUACCACAGCCACAACUCUCAUACCACAGUCACAACUCUCAUACCACAGUCACGCAACUCUCAUAUCACAGUCACACAAUGCUAUUCUCAAACAUACCUAAUCAAUUAGUUGUUUUUCAACAAUAUUUUAACCUGCAGGAAUAUUUUCACAUUUCUAUCAUGGUUAGAUCCUAGGAUAAUGCAACUCAUACAUUUACAUCUUUUAAUACUUCUAAAAUGGGGUCCAGGUUUAAGACAAUUACCUUACUAUCUUAUACUAUAUCAUAAAUGGUCUGGAUGUUUUCCCUGAGAUCCCAAGUUUGAACACCAUUUAUCAGGAACAAGUUUCGCUCGGCUCACUGCCUCUCAGAUCAAAGGUGGGUCCAUCAGCUCCAUUCCCUAAGUGUGGUCUCUCUGAGAUCCCAAGUUUGAGGGAUCCCUCGUGUACCAUUUACCCAGGUCGUCAGGAGCGGUCACCAAGUGAAGAAUAACAUCCCCAUCGCCAAAUGUGGUGGUUAACUUCUUUAAUAUCAAAUGCGGAGAGAAACUUAACACACAAGUCAGAGUUAUGCUUAAACUAAAUCUUUAGUCACUUAAUAAGGGAGCAGGUCAAUACAACGUGCACAUAUAAAGUGAAUCAAUUGAGUCUAUAAUAAUGAUGGCUGGUCGACCCACAGGACAAAAGUACAAAGGUCUUUCAUAGCCAAGAUACUCUCCUUUCAACCUACAUGACGAACAACAGCUGCAUUAGAACGGGUCACAAGGUUAAGAUAUGUAUGAAAGAAACGUAUAAUUCUCAGCAGACAGUCUCUGCUGUAAAAACAGUACUCUUUGUGUAGAGACCAGGGUCUGGCCCUGGGGUCAUCUCUCCCUGGUACCAUAUAGAACAGAAACAUUAACUCAUGGUUUGGAAUGCGGUCUCUAGGUUUAAUCACCCAAAAAACACUGUAAAUCUCCUGUCAGUGUUUUCUCUGAGGCCAAUCCUCAGUAGAACACAGACACAAUAUUUAUAAGAACCCCCUAUUCUGUUGCAUAAAACAAUAAGUUGCUCUCAGUGUCCACUGCAAGUUGCCUAGUAACAACUGGGACCUAAAAGACACCCACCAUGAGACCCACUAAAUCUGCCCAAGAAGAGGAAAACAAAAGAAAAAGCCACAGCAAAUUUAAAAACAGGACGCAAAUAAUGUUGUUGACUCUCCACAUCUAUCAAGACAACUGGAGCACUGGGCCAGACACUCUUAAAUAGAACCUGGACCAGCUCGGGUGAAACACCUUCCCACUAACGAGAUGGACAAGCCUGCACAGGUGUAACACAUACAGACUAACAAGGUGACACCAAUCAGUGCGUCCUACGUGCUAACGAGCUAGACGUGCUGAAGUCCAACCUCAAAACAUAAAUAGAAAGACCAAAGCCUGUAACACCUUCCCCCUUUAGACAACAAAUAUAUCCCAUAUUUUUGUUGGACAUGUUUGCUCACCACUAACAGAAAACAACUUCCAUUUCACAUAAUCAAUUACAAUGCUUCUACAAUAUCAACAUGGUGUCUGGCUGUCAACAAUUAAAAACAAGAAAAAACACAUUUCUAAAUAAUAAUAUACAAUAGUAUUAUUUAGUAUUAUUUUUUAAAUCCUCUCUUUCAAUAGAAUCCUAAAACCCACGAGCUUCUAGAACUCUCAUCCCCUUGGAAAGAUCCCCCAAAAAUCUUGUCUCCAAUACGGAAAAACGUGCAGUCAAAAUAAAUUGUGAUCCAUGGCAACGCACUUGCUAAAUGCAAAACUUGUUGACUGCCCACCCUUGAGAAUCAGCAACCAACUCCUGCAAUAUCCGUAGUAACUUUCCACCUUACUUCGCUCUCUCUUUUCAGGGUUCACUCGAUAGGCAUGUUGGAUCGGGCCCAAUCCCCAAUGUCAUGCCUUUGCGUUAGCACAUCUGAGAAUGAAUCCUGAUAUUCUAAAAUCAGGGCAACUGUACCCAACAAUUGUCAGCUGGUUGCAUAAAUAAUUAUGAUUACUGUCACAAAUUGUAAAUAUGGAAAUCAAAACCAAAUGUACACCCCUUUGUUAAUAUGUAUUGGCAAUAGUUCACUUAAUGGUGAGGCAUGGAAUAACAAAACAUGUAUCUUUUAUCAGGCUGAAGGUUUGAAAUAUGAGUAGGUGAUUUGAGUCAUGCUUCUUCAGUAUUUGGAAUAAAGACGAUUAGCAUUUGAAUGUUGUCAAGAAAUACUGGAGUGAUGUCAGAUUGUUAAUAUUGAUUAUAGACCAAUUUAUUAUACUGCUUUCAUGUGUGUAUAUACACAAACAUCUGCAACAAUUAUCAUAUUACAUGUCUUUUUUAAACAAGCAGCUGUUUCAACUUGUAGAAAACAGCUGGCUACAUUUUGAGGUGCUGCAUUUUGAUUCAAGUGGAUCACCAACACAGUAAGUGUAACAGCUUUUUUUUGUUACUCACUUUUUGUUAAAUUAUACUCUUUCAAUUCAGAGCCUGGAUUUUCCCCUGAGGCUAAUAUCCAUAUCAUGCUGCAAUCAAUUGAACAGGGCAAACGAUAAGGUAGAACAUCAUUAAAAUACUCCUACUACAACGUUAAAACAUUCUACAUUGUGACAUUAUUUCAUUGAUAUCAUGAAACAACUUCUUCAUGUAUGCAUUUUCUGAUGUUUGAUCAGAUAUCUUUUAUCAGUGUAUCUCUUGUCACAUUGA